GCGGCGGCGGCGGCGGCAGAGGCGGCGUUUGAGUGGAGGAAGAUGGCGGCUCCUGGUGGCCCGGGGUCCCGCCAGCUGUGAGGGUUGUCCCCCCCAUCCCGAGCACGUCGAGCGCGGUGUGAGGCCAGGUGCCUCUGCUCGGGUCCCGUCGCCGGUUCUCGCGUCACCGUCGCCAGCGAGGCGAGCCCGAGGGCGUGGAGCGGGCGGGCAGAUCUGCAGUGGACGAGUGAACCAGAAAGAUGCCCUCCUUAAAACUGAAGCCAUGAAAUGCUGUGGAGUGGGAUGUCAUGGCCAGCUCCUCGGACAGUGAAGAUGACAGUUUUAUGGCUGUGGACCAAGAAGAAACUGUGCUGGAAGGGACAAUGGAGCAAGAUGAGGACCCACAGCCUGAACUGGAGGUUGAAGAGGCUAGACACAAUAGGUCCAUGUCUGAGUUACCAGAAGAGGUUUUGGAGUACAUCUUGUCCUUCCUCUCACCAUAUCAGGAGCACAAAACUGCUGCUCUUGUCUGUAAACAGUGGUACCGACUUAUCAAAGGUGUAGCGCACCAGUGUUACCAUGGCUUCAUGAAGGCUGUCCAGGAGGGGAACAUUCAGUGGGAGAGCCGAACCUACCCUUAUCCUGGGACCCCCAUCACUCAGCGGUUCUCACACAGUGCAUGCUAUUACGAUGCAAAUCAGUCUAUGUAUGUGUUUGGAGGUUGCACCCAGAGCAGCUGCAAUGCUGCCUUCAAUGACCUCUGGAGACUAGACCUAAAUAGCAAAGAGUGGAUUCGACCUUUGGCUUCAGGGUCCUAUCCUUCUCCCAAAGCUGGAGCAACCCUCGUGGUGUACAAGGACUUGCUAGUGCUCUUUGGAGGCUGGACGAGGCCAAGUCCUUAUCCCCUACAUCAACCAGAGAGAUUUUUUGAUGAAAUACACACUUAUUCUCCAUCUAAAAACUGGUGGAAUUGCAUUGUAACAACACAUGGGCCACCUCCUAUGGCUGGUCACUCCUCCUGUGUGAUAGAUGAUAAAAUGAUUGUCUUUGGUGGCUCUUUAGGAUCCAGGCAAAUGAGCAAUGAUGUCUGGGUUCUUGACCUUGAGCAGUGGGCAUGGUCCAAGCCGAACAUCUCCGGCCCCAGUCCUCAUCCCCGAGGUGGCCAAUCUCAGAUUGUCAUAGAUGAUGCAACUAUCUUAAUCCUUGGAGGGUGUGGCGGUCCCAAUGCUCUGUUCAAGGAUGCUUGGUUGUUGCAUAUGCACCCAGGUCCCUGGGCCUGGCAGCCACUCAAGGUAGAAAAUGAAGAUCAUGGAGCUCCUGAGUUGUGGUGCCAUCCAGCCUGCCGGGUGGGACAGUGUGUGGUGGUCUUCAGCCAGGCUCCUAGUGGGAGAGCCCCCCUCAGCCCCAGUUUGAACUCUCGCCCAUCACCUAUCAGUGCCACUCCUCCAGCUCUGGUCCCUGAAACAAGAGAGUACCGCUCCCAGUCUCCAGUAAGGAGUAUGGAUGAAGUGCCAUGUGUUAACGGCCGCUGGGGAACCCUGAGGCCCAGGGCUCAAAGGCAGACACCCUCAGGUUCUCGGGAAGGGAGCCUCUCCCCUGCCAAAGGAGACGGCUCUCCCAUUCUCAAUGGUGGGAGUUUGUCUCCAGGAGCAGCAGCUGUCGGUGGGACUUCCUUGGACAGUCCUGUGCAGGCCAUCUCUCCAGGCACCCCAUCUGCCUCUGAAGGAUAUGAUCUGAAGAUGGGACUUCCUCUGGCCCCACGUAGAGGGUCAUUACCAGAUCAGAAGGAUCUGAGAUUAGGGUCAAUCGAUCUGAAUUGGGACCUGAAACCUACUUCCAGCAGCAAUCACGUGGAUGGCAUGGACAGCAGGACAGUUGGGGGGAGUAUGAGACACCCUGUGGAACAGACCAAUGGUGUGCAUACCCCACCCCAUGUGGCCAGUGCCCUGGCAGGGGCCGUCUCCCCUGGUGCCCUGCGGCGGAGUCUGGAAGCCAUCAAAGCGAUGUCAUCCAAAGGCCCCUCGGCCUCUGCAGCACUAAGUCCUCCUCUUGGGUCUUCUCCAGGCUCCCCUGGAAGCCAGAACCUGAGCAGUGGAGAAACAGUGCCCAUCCCUCGCCCAGGGCCAGCCCAAGGUGAUGGACAUUCCCUACCUCCCAUUGCCCGCCGCCUGGGCCAUCACCCUCCACAGUCCCUCAAUGUUGGCAAACCCCUGUACCAGAGCAUGAACUGCAAGCCCAUGCAGAUGUACGUGCUGGACAUUAAAGAUACGAAGGAACGGGGCCGUGUGAAGUGGAAAGUAUUUAAUAGCAGUUCUGUGGUUGGACCUCCAGAAACCAGCCUGCACACAGUGGUACAAGGCAGGGGUGAACUCAUCAUAUUUGGAGGACUCAUGGACAAAAAGCAGAACGUGAAGUACUAUCCUAAAACAAACGCCUUGUACUUUGUGCGUGCAAAGAGAUAAUGUGUGCAGAACCCUUUUCCCUUUCUGUGGCUUUUAAUUUGGAAUUUUCCAGUGUGCAAGCAUUUGGACUGAGACCUGGGGAAACAACAGCCUUUGUCUCAUAGCCAAAACUCAACUCCAGCUCCCAGCCUCCCUCCAUUAAUAAGAAAAAAUUAUAUAUAAAUAUAAAUAUAAAUAUAUAUAUAUUAUAUAGCCAAUUCUGUUUACACAAAAAGAGAGACCUCCGUCCUGGUUCAGAUAAAAUUGUUGCUGUUUUAGUAGAGACUGUGCUGCUUUUUUCUACUUUGCUGAUAACUAGACCAAGAAGUUAGGGAACAGACUAACAGCAGUAACUUUCUAAAAGGAACUGAAGAACCCUGGUAAAUUCUUAUGUGGCCUUCUCAGAAUUUACAAACAAAAACGACAGGCUUAGAUAGGAUGCACAGGAGGAGGCACCAAACCCCAUGCUGCAGGGUAACCUAAUGAAGAAACCGUCCUUCCUCUUCUCUCAAAACCACAGAGGACCUGUGACAGCACUGCAGGAAUGCCUGUGCCUGGUCUCUUCUGCCCCGUAUGAUGAUGGAAAUCACCCAAUGAGAUUUUGUCCAUGCGUGCCAGGAUCAUGGAGAAAAAAAACGUUUACGCAGCUGACUUGUCUGCCAUGGCUGCUGGUCUUUUGAGUGCUCCCCUCCAUGUCUCAGAACACAUUUGGUAUCUGGUUGUGGAACUUUCUGACAAUCCUUUUUGGUUGCAAGUUGCCAAAAUCCAUAUUUGUUCUCUUUUUCCUUCUAGAAUUGGGUCCUCAGAGGCUGUUUUGCCCACUUUUAGCUUUUAGACUGCUUCUUCCUCUGCCUGCCUCCCCAGCCGCCGCGCGCCCCCCCCCCCCCCCCCCCCCCCCCGUCACCUUGGUUUUUGGGUUGGUUUGGUGUUGCAUAUAGAUUUUUUUAAGCCCUAAAUUUUUUUCUCACUGUGUUUCCUUUACAAAGCUCAGGUGCUUGCAGAAAUCAAACAUUUCUUCAAAAAUAUUGUUAGAACAUUUUGUUUGGUGUCACUAGGCGCUAGUAGAGAAUUCUGAAAUUUCAGUAUUGUGGGAAAAAAGUUCCUUGACGCCUCAAGAGACACUUCCCCUUGUGUGACCCUCUCCUCCUCUCCCCACGCAGCGUUCACUUCUGUAUUUGAUUUGUUUCAGACAGCUAUACACUUAUUUCCAAAUUUCAUUGGAUACACUCAGUGUAGAAGGUUGAAAUGGACCCUAGAAGGGAAUUCUGGUAACAUUUCUCCCAGAAAGAGUUUUUCCUCUUUUGAUGUGUCAUCUUCUGCCUUGCUGUUGCCUGGUGACCAAGUUGAAUACUAGGUACUUGAUGCCAUGUGGCUGGCCUAGGGAGCAGCUCCAUCCUUUGUGUUUGUCUUGUUUAUGUGUCACCAAACAGGGCUUGGGUUCUUAAAGUGCAACCAAGUAGAAUCUUCUUUGGUUGAU